UCAAUAUAUAGAGUAUUAAUAUCUUAUAAUUAACAUCAUCAUCCAGUAAGUAAGAGUUCAUUUUAACCAUUUUCAUUUUCACUAAAAUUUUAUUCCUUCCAACCUCUUAAUAAAUUAUAGUUAUUUAUUAUGUAAUAAUAAUGGUUUAAUAAUCAUCUCGUCUGAUCACUACUCCAAUACGAGCAUCAAACAUCAAUAUGAAUAUCCAUUUUAUUGAUCUAUUCAGCACAAUAACUUACUUAUUUGUUAAUUACUUAAUUUAAAAAAGAAAAGAAAAAGAAAGAUAUAAAAACAGAAAACUGGAAAAUGGUUAGGUGCGCGCCAUUUGUAACGGCUUUUUAGCCCCAAUUUGUUUUACUCUGUAAACUUCAUCUUCUUCUUCAUCAAGAAAAAAAAAAUGGCUGCACAUCCCUUGUUUCCCCGCUUCACACCCGAAUUCACCUACGAUCCUCGACCCGGCUAUGUCUUCAUCGAACGAAACGCCAGAACUAAGUACGUUCUCCUGGAAAUAAUCGGAAUUAAUUACCUCCAACUGCUGCAUACAAACGACCACAACACUUCCGAUCUCAUUUACAAAGCUUGUUACUACACAUCCGAUUGGGUCGACAACGACAAUUUCCUUCCUUCCGGUUAUGCCACUAUCAAGUUCAUCCGAGGCGGACCAGAAGUCCUUAGGAGCAAGCUGGCGGAGGAACAACCAAUUCCUGAUCCAAACAUUAUUAACGUCGAAAAAUGGGCUAUUCAGAAAUACCACGGAGGAUACUGUGUUGCAUUGCCUUAUAUGUCAGAAGGAUCGCUCCGUUACAUUCUGUCAACUCGAUUUCACAACGGAUUACCAGAGGAUUGUAUUGCUAUUGCUCUUAAACAAGCGCUUCGGGGUUUGUUUGUUCUUCAUAAUUUGGGUCUGAUUCAUAAGUGUUUCAGUGCUGGGAAUAUCUAUGUUAAUUUCAAAUCGAAUGUAGAAAUCAAAUUGGGAUUUGCAGCAACGAUUUACGAUUCAGAGUUGGAAUCUCCUCUUUUUGUUAGUCACGGAACAGAACUUGGCGUUGAUUCAACUGUUACCGAUCUACAAGAUGAUCCUCCUGGACAUCCGAAUCUAGAACUAGGCGAGUUGUACAGAUGGGCUGCUGCGCCGGAGGUGUUCUAUUCACCAUGUGAUGAUGCCCACACUGUUCAUUCCGAUAUCUGGUUAGUCGGUGUAGCAGCAUUGGAAUUAGCAUAUGGAAAUUUAAGAAUAAGCGAUCACGAAGAAUUUGAGGCAAUGAUCAAGAAGAUAAAGAGGUCGAGGAGAUUGCCGGAUAAGUUGGAAGAUGUGCUUGAGGAGAUUAAUGUAGAAGAAGGGAAAGGGAAAGGGAAAAUGAAGAAAGUUUUGGUAUAUCUUAACGACAAACUGAAGUGUGUGAAAGGUAAAAGAAAGUUUUCGAAAGAGUUUGAGGAGUUGGUGUUGGAUUGUCUUUCUAGCAAAGAAUCAAAGAGGCCAUCAGUUGGAGAUCUAUUGCAGAGACCAUUUUUUCGGAAUGCUAAGAACUUGCAAUGGUUUCAACGCCGCGUGUUGUAUGCAAAGAAUCCAAUGGCUUAUUGCUGAUAUCUGAUGAUGAACGAUUACAUAGAAAUCGUGUUGUAGUGUAGUAGUUCAUGUUUUUAGACACUUAAUUGUUGAAAAGGGAAUUACAUUU